AUGUCAGUCAUUAGCCUAUCUUCCACAUGGGCUGUGCCUGCACAGGACUCUGCCUAUUUCUGCCUGAGAAAUACUGAGGAGGAAAGGAUGGUUGCUGGACUUCGGACAACCUGGUUACAGGAACCAGUGACCUUCAAGGAUGUGGCUGUGGAGUUCACCCAGGAAGAGUGGAUAAUGCUGAACUCAGAUCAGAGAAGUCUGUAUAGAGAUGUGAUGUUGGAAAACUAUAGAAAUCUCAGGUCAGUGGAAUAUCAACUAUGCAAGCUUACUGUGAUCUCCUCAUUGGAUCAAGAGGAGAUAAGAAUUAGGAGAAAGAGAAUUUCCCAAGACAUCUGUCCAGACCAGGAGAUUCAACUUAAAACCAAAGACUCAACUCCUGAGCAGAACAUUUUUGGGAAGAAACCAUUCAGUGGAAUGAAAAUGGUAAGAUUCACAAUGGAUAAUUGGUCCCCCACAUUAAGAGAAAACUGGGAAUGCCAUAAGAUUAGAAAACAGCACAAGAUUCCAGAGAGACAUUUAAGGCAAGUGACAUGUACCCAAAAGAAAACAGUUCCUCAAGAGAGAGUCUAUGACUGUCAUGAAUUAGAAGACAAUUUUAAACUUAGAUCAAAACUUACUUUUUCACAGAGAGUUUCCACCAGUAAACAUAGCCAGAAAUGUUACUCAGGCAUUGAAUGCUUAAAACAUAAUUCAAUUUUAAGCAAUUAUGAGAAAAAAUCUGUGAGUGAGAAGUUCUAUGAAAGUCAUGGAUAUGAUAGAAGUCUGUGGUAUUUGCAGAAAAAGCAAACAGUACGAAAAGAGUACACAUACUCUGAACAUGAUAUGCACUUCAAACAUAAUAUAUUUUCUAUACGUAACAAUUUUCAUAUGGCAGAGAAUUCCUAUAAAUGUAAUAAAAACAACAAAACCUUUUCUCAACAAUCAUCCCUUAAGCAACAAGGGCAAACUCAUACUAGAAAGAAACAUUAUGAAUGUAGUCAGUGUGGAAAAGCCUUCAAAAGGAUUUCUAAUCUUAUUUUACACAAGAAAAGUCACAUGGGUGAGAAACAGUACGAAUGUAAAGAAUGUGGGAAAGUGUUCAAUGAUUCCUCAACCUUAAGGAGACAUGUAAGAACGCACACUGGAGAAAAACCCUAUGAUUGUAAUCAGUGUGGAAAAGCUUUCAGUCAAAAAACAUCUCUUAAGGCUCAUGUGAGAAUUCACACUGGAGAGAAACCUUAUGAAUGUAAUUUGUGUGGAAAAUCCUUUGGCACAAGCUCUUACCUGAUAGUGCAUAAGAGGAUACAUACUGGAGAGAAACUCUAUGAGUGCAGCGACUGUGGAAAAGCCUUCAACACAAGCUCUCACCUUAAGGUUCACAAGAAAAUACACACUGGAGAGAAUCUUUAUGAAUGCCAUGACUGUAGAAAAGUUUUCAGUGGUCUCUCAUCCCUUAGAAUGCAUGUAAGAACUCACACUGGAGAGAAACCCUAUGAAUGUAAGGAGUGUAGGAAAGCCUUCAGUGUUUCCUCGUCCCUUAGAAGACAUGUGAGAAUUCACACUGGAGAGAAACCCUAUGAAUGUAUUCAAUGUGGAAAAACCUUCAGCCAGAGCUCUUCACUUACUAUACACAAGAAAAUUCAUACUGAGAGAGAACCUCUGUAAGUGUUACGAAUGUGAAAUUGCCUUUUUCGUUGUCUUAAGACUCCAUGCUGAUUAUUUCAAUCUUUGUCCUCUAAAGUAAGCAUUUAAGCCCAUA